GCCGUUUUGAACGGCGGCAGCGGGGGCGCUGGCGGCGGCGCGGCCGUUGGGCUGAGCCACAGGCAUCAAGCUGUUUCAGAAAAGGACUGUUAUGAAGAGCUUUGCUGUAACUGCAGUUUAUACUCAUGAAACUAGACAACUGUUGCUCUUUUAAAAAAAAAAAGAAAAGAUGGACUAAGAGAAUAAACUCAAGAAAGACCUAAAUGGACUUCUGAAGUCUGGAAGUAAUAAAAGCAAGAGAAAUGGAGACAGAGACCAUUUUAAGUCUUCGACAGCAACUCAAGGAAGCAGAGAAUGAACGAAGGAAGGCAGCACAGUAUGGCUUGCAUUUACUGGAAUCUCAAAGUGAAGUCCAAAAUCAGUUGGAUCAAACACGUCGUGAACUGACUGACAAAACUGAGAAAUUUGAGCAAGAGAAAUACUCUCUUCAGAGAGAAAUUGAACUCAAGAAUAGAAUGUUGGAAAGCUUGAGUUUUGAAUGUGAUGCUCUCAAGCAACAGCAAAACAUGCAACUGGAUAAACAGAAAGAGCAGCUUGCCAGGCUUCAUGGACAAGAAAUCAGUGACCUUAAAAACAAGCUGGAGAACCUGAAAGCAGAACUAGAUGAAACUCGACUGACAGAGAAACAACUGAGACAUAAAGUGGAUCAUCAGAAGGAAAUAAUUGCUGCCAAAUCAGAGGAGUUGCAUAUGAUGUCUGAACGUGUACAUGAGACCAUGUCUUCAGAAAUGCUCAAUCUUCAGAUGGAACUCACUGAACUAGAAAGUGUAAAGGCCAAUGUUGAAGAGAAGCUGAAUGAAUUGCAGUACAGUAAAGAACAAUUGGAACUUGUAAAUAGCAACUUGCGUAAUCAGCUGGAGCGUCUACAGGGAGAAAAAGAAGAGAGGGAAAAAGAAGUUGUUUCUUACUGUAAUGCAUUAGAGAAAGCUCGUGAGGCUAAUCAAGAGCUUCAGGUUCAGCUGGAUCAUGCCCUACAGCAGUCUUUGGACCCUACAAGUAAAGGCAACUCUCUCUUUGCUGAGGUGGAGGACCGUAGGGCAGAAAUGGAACGACAGCUGAUCAGUGUGAAAAUAAAAUAUCAGUCACUACAAAAACAGCACGCAUUCACUAGAGAACAAUUGCAAAGAAUGAAGUUGCAGAUGGCUACAUUGCUGCAAAUGAAAGGUUCUCAGGCAGAGUUUGAGCAACUGGAACGCUUACAGUCAAUGUUAGAACAAAAGAAUGGUGAGAUUGAAGAUCUUCUUAUGAAAGUAAGGCAACUUGAAAAAUUUAAGAUCUUAUAUGAGAAUACAGAAGAAUCCAGAGCUAGUACUAGUUCAAGAGGAGGGGAAUCUGAAGAUGGUUACUAUGCAGACUUGCUUCAAAUGAAACUUGACAACUCAAAUAAAGAAACUGAAACCUUGAGAAAUGAACUAUCCUUGCAGAGAAUGAAAGCUUUGUAUGAGAGCCAAAGGGUCCUAGAAGUUGAAAGGAAACUCUUCACAAAUGAGAGGCAUUUGCAAGCUUGUCAGAGUGAGAAUAUGAACUUGCGAGUUAUGCUGGAUGAACUAAAAAUGAAGUAUGAACCUGAAGAGUUGCUUAAAGUUACUAAGGCUAAAAAGAGGAGGGAGAAGAUUCCAGUGGACUCUACCUGUGAAUACUUGGACAGCAAAAAUACUUCUGCAAAAGAAACUGCUCUCACUCAAUUGCCAACUAAAGAAGAAAUCAAGAUGACUUCCAAGAAUUCAGAGCAAAGUGAUGCCUCUCCAAAAAAGCAUGCUCUUGAAGCACCACCAAUAGAUUUAGCUCUUCAAGCAAUGCACAAAGUAGUGGAAGGUGAAAAAGAAAAAAAGAGAGUUAAAAUCAGAGAUGAGUGUCAUGACACCUGUAUUUCACAUGACAGAAAUGGAAAUAGUUCUUUGACUUCAGCUGUGCCCAGGUUAACAGCUGAAUCCAGACUUGAAACUGCCGAAAAUGAAGAGAAGAAGGAAAAUGUAAUCAUGACUGAGAAGAAAACAAAAAAGAAAAAAUACACCACAUUAUAUGUGUCUUCUAAGCCAGCUCCUGAAACACAAUGUGCUCAGCAAUAAAACUUGCAUUUCUGGAGGGAACUUAAUUUGGAGUUUUGCUUCGGUAGGAAUUACUGAGUAAACUUAAAUUGCACAAAUAUGUACAGGUUCCUAAUUUAGAUGUCUGUCUGCCUUCUUUUAUGAAGGGUAUGACUACACUUUUGAUGUUUUAACUUCUGACAGGUCACCUAUUAAAUUCCCUGGCAAUGUGACCUGAAGGUAUUGCCUUGUCUUCGGUUUUGGAUAAAACUGAAUGUUUGUUCAGUGUUGUUUCUGUGACGCGUACUACUAUUCUCAAUGAUAAGAACUCGCUAUGUAAUUUCUAUUAUAUAAUAAAAUGGGAGUCAACUCUGAGCGAGAGUUCACUGAACAAUGCUGAUGCAAGACUCAGUUGAGGCAUGUGUAAUUGCUCCUGAAUUUCUUCCAAUUCCUAAAUUCAAGUUUCUUAACUUUUUCUUCUAAUGUGUAAUUAUUUAACUCUGAGAUUGACUUGAUUGUGAAGGUGUAUGUGAACUUUUUUAGGCAUUUUGUGAGAUAGUACUUUUUUGAAACU